AUAGCCGAACACAAUCGGCUUUUUCCGUACAGAGCAAUGGUUUUUGUCGAAGACACUCGGCUCUUUCCCUAGGUACUCGGCUUUUCUUAAGCAGAGGAUUGAUUAAAGCUGAAGUCUUUCGGCUAUCUUCGUUUCGAGAAACGAUUAAUCCCGACGUUCCUCGGCUCUUUCCGUACGGAGACGCGAUUACAGCCGAUUCCUCUCUCUGGCACAUCACUCAUUUAGCGUUGUUUUGGUUUUGACCUAUCCCUACUUACAAACGCAUUUCUCUCAAACAAGAAAAUGGAAACCGCUAAUCAGAUUAUGUCACUUGGGACAUUCCAAGUGCUUAAAUUACCUUUGGGAUUUAUCCGCGUCCUGCAAUGGCUUUUUGCCAUCUUUGCAUUUGCAACAUGUGGAGGCUACUCUGGGCAACUGCGGGUUAGUGUGGACUGCAUCAACAAGUCCGACAGCAACCUCAGUAUUGGCAUCAACUUUGCUUACCCAUUCAGGUUGAACCGGGUGGAAUUUGACGUGCCGAUGUGUGAGGGAAGGAGACAAGAGCGGCUUUACCUGAUCGGAGACUUUUCCUCCUCCGCCGAGUUCUUCGUCACCAUUGCUGUCUUUUCCUUCCUGUACUCUCUGCUGGCUACUGUGGUCUACAUCUUUUUCCAGAACAAGUACCGCGAAAACAACCGUGGCCCUCUCAUUGACUUCAUAGUGACGGUGGUGUUCUCAUUUAUGUGGCUAGUGAGUUCAUCUGCCUGGGCAAAAGGUCUUUCAGAUGUAAAGGCGGCGACUGAUCCAGAUGAGGUGGUUCUGCUCAUGUCUGCAUGUAAGGUGCAGACCAACAAGUGCAGCUCAGUGUACGGACCCAGAUGGUCUGGCCUGAACACAUCUGUGGUAUUUGGUUAUUUGAACUUCGUGCUAUGGGCUGGAAACAUCUGGUUUGUGUUUAAAGAGACAGGAUGGCACAAGGAAGGUGCAGCAAGGUACCCUGCCUCGUCCUCAGAAAAACAAACCACAGCCUUCAACCAGCAGGUCUACAACCAGGGAACCUUUGAUCAGUCAGGAGGUGCUUUUACAGGAACGGGGGACUUCGCCCAAUCAGAGUACAGUCAGGUGGGAAAUUAUGGUGGGCCCAUCUCCUACACCAAUCAGUAAUGCCCUCUGCCUCUCUGUAAUCCCCUAACACAGGAGACCCAUUUCUAAGGGCAAAGUUCAACACUGAGCACAAGAGAAGAAGGAAAAGAUUAGUUUAACAGAUAGAUUAAAAUGCAUCCUUUAUUUCUGGUUAUAUAAAUAAAUAAAGGCUUGUUUGUUGAGAAUACUAAAAUGUUUUUAAAAUAAAUGACAGGGAUCCUCAGAUGUAUUAUAUGGUUUUUGAUUUUACCCAUCCAUAAAUGUUACUGAAAUAUCACUGUUUACUGAACAAAGGUAAUUGCAUCCAAAUGUGAAACUCAGUGCAAUAGUUCUUGCAGGGAACUCUGCAAAUCCAUUGUUUUCAAUAGAGAUGACGCAUCUGAAAGACGAGGAGUUUACAAAAGUGAUAUUAUGUCACUACGACCAAAAGUUUUUAGAGACAGUCCAUUUGUAAUCUAAAUAGUAUUUCUGCUUCAUUUGAAACUGAACCGACUCUUUCCACAAGUUUAAAAUGAUUCCUAUUUGUCAAAUUCUCCAUCAGAGUUUUUUUUUAAGUGUGUAGGCGGCCAUAAAGUCAACAUGAAUUGAUGUUUGCAACCUAUUUUACUUCCAUUAUGUGACAUAUUUGGAGCCAUAACGAAUAUGAAAUUGCUAAAACAAUAGCUAUUCAGUCACUGGUUAACACCAUCCACUAUCCAUCGCUACAGGAAAGUCAUUUCAGAGGCAGAGUAAAUUAACGUUUUCAUUAAAUUUUACAAAGAGAAACUUUUUUCAAGCUAUUUAAAUUUCUUUUAAAUAACAUUCACAGAUGGAUCAUCCACAAUAAGAGCAUGAAGAUGCAUUAAGAAAGAUUUCAUAUUGAUUUCAUGUUGUCUUUUAAAGAAACAGUUUACCCAAAAAUGUUACCCAAAGUUUACCUGAAAAUUUACUCAUCCUCAGGUCAUCCAAGAUGUAGAUGAGUUUGUUUUGUUACUGGAACAGAUUUAGGGAAAUGUAGCAUUAUUUAGCAGUGAACAGGUGCUAGAAAGAAAGAAAAUGUAAUCCACACGACUUCAGUCCAUCAGUUAACGUCUUGUGAAUGUCUAUCCACCAUACUUCUGUCUCUAGCGAAAAAGUCAUCUAGUCUGAAUCAGGAGAGAAAUAUGCACAGAUUAAGCACUGUUUACAAGUCAAAACAAAAUUAAACAAAAAUUUUGAUGUGAGAGGAUAAUAUGUGAUGGACUUUUCACUGGAGAAAGUGUUUUUAUGGAUUAUGGACUAGUAUUUUGACCAGAAGCGACGGUGUACAGUUAAAACAGCUUAACCCAUUUAAUCCCAUCUGACACAAUAGUGACCGUAAAGAAGGUUUUCAUUUAUUAAGAUCUAAAACUCUUACUGACAGAUGUUUUAGUGCAUUUCUUGCAAAUAUGGACAAAAUAAAAGGUCUCAAAUAAAUAUGUGCAGUUUCACAUGCCUAGUGCAAAGUGUCACAUGACCAGAGCAGUUUAUUUCCUGUUUGCACCAUGAGAAAGCUAGUAAAGUAUGUUAACAAUAAUAUGACAAAGAUUUCUGGUCCACAUUAUCUUGUCUAGUAUUAAGUAUGAAUUCACAAUUAUUAUAUUUUGUUGAGAUAGAAUCGGCGGGAUAACAGUGAAUUUAGGUAUACAUAUGAAUCCAAUUGCAGUUGUUAGUGAAAAUGCACUAAAAUGUUGCAAUCACAAAAUAUUGCACUAAAUUAAAAGUUCAAAUGUUACAAAUAAGUUACAACAAUUGAUGUUGUAAUACUUUUAGCACUAAUACAAGUUUUUGUAUUCAUCCAACAGGGAACUGCCAAUAUUGCAGUCAUUUAGAAACUGUAGAGCAUAUUUUAUUUCAGUGCACAAAGUACAGCCAAGAAAGAAACCAGCUUUUUCAGUCUCUCAGAAGUGUCAAUCAGAAUAAUUUUACAAUGCAAGGUUUAUUAGGGAAAGCAUCCAGUAACAUUCAUCAAUUUGUUAUUAAGUUUCUUAGAGACACAGACACUACUUUUUUUUAAGAUCCAAUAUCUCCUGAUUCACACUCCAGCCCAGUCGGUGGCGGUAAUGCACCGUUAAGUUGGUUUGCCAACCGCCAUAAAAAACAAAAGAACAAGAAGUUAUCAGCAUAAUAAUAGGCUAACCCUAGAAUGUGAUCAAACAGAGUUUCAAAUAGCUGGGCUGAGAUAUAUACAAAUUUUUGGGACUGCAGAAAUAUGUUAAUUCAGUAUACACAUUAUCCCACUGGUCACAAUUGUGACCGAACAUAAAACACAUUUUUUCACACACAAAAAUGUAUUAUUUUAAAGGGUUACUAAAGACACAUCAUCUGGAUAAGAUUGGGAUUAAACGGGUUAAUAACGGGUUUGUUUCUUACAAACACUCUGCUUUUCACUUUCCAAGAUGUUCAGUAAUGGACUGCAGUCAUGUGGAUAACUGGUAAAUUAUUGUGAUGUUUUUAUGAGCUGUUUGGACUCUCAUUCUGACGGCACCCAUUCACUGCAGGGGAUCCAUUGGUUAGCAAGUGAUGGAAUGCUAAACAUAUCUUUACAUCUUUUCUGAUCAAGAAACAAUCUCAUCUACAUCUUCCAUUGCCUGAGGGUGAGUAAAUUUUCAGAAAUUUUUCAAUUUUGGGUGAACUGUUCCUUUAAGUCAUCACUUAGAAUAGGUGAUGCAGGUGUUUGUAAUUUACAGUAUAUAACAGAGAUUAAUUUGUCAGUAUAGAUGUUAGAUUACUGUUUUUUGGGAUUCUGGAUUUCUUAUCUCCAGAAUAAUGUCAUGCCAGUGUUUGUUGGUUUGGUGUUUGCACUAUUGUGUUUCCACAUUUACAGUUUAUGACUCUUAAAUGUUUGCACUGUAUUGAUGAACUGCAUGAAGUUGUGCCAUAUUAACCUUUUUCAGUUUCAGUUUCAGUUUGUAUAUAAUUUCUUUCCUAAGUAACAGGGCCAUUUUGUCUGUUCUGUGGCUUUUUAUGAUCACAAGGUGAUUGAAAUACAAUCAAUACUUAAUUUUCUUACUUUCUUGUGUAUUUUCUUAUUCUUUAUCUGUUCCUUUCAAUGUAUGAGGCUUCAAUAACCACAAAGACUAUAAAGCAAGACCAUAAAAAAAAAAAAAAAACAUUCCAGUACAUGUUAAAGUUCUUGUUCUGGUUGCUGUUGCAUUUCAAUGUGAAUGAGUUUCUGUCUUGAUAUUUGCAUUUUUGAUCAGUGGGUGUGAAUGCUUUAAUGUAUUUUGUGCAAAGCCAAUAAAGAUAUUGUCCAUUCCUCUA